GGCCCCUCCCCCCAAAUCCAGGUUGGGGGGCAGAGGGACGCCGGCCUAGUUUGCGGGGCCGGGACGUUGGGUUUCUUUCCCCGGGUGAGGAAGGUUGGAGUAGAGGCUUCCUCUGCCUCGGUUUCUCCCCUGGGGGUGAGAAUCUGCCCCUCCUCCAGCACCCCGCAGGACGGGCCCCCGCUUCCCCGCACAGGACACCCCAAUGCCCGCUUGCGUCCGGCUCCCGGGUCUCUGACACUGGGGACGCCGCGUCCCAAGGCUCAGCUCUCCCGAGCCCUCAGUGUCAGAAGCCCCAGCGUCAGUCUCCUUGUUAGACCCCCCCAUACCCCCCGCACCAAAUCCCCGGGUCCGCCCCCCAUGUCCCCUAAUACCGGAUGCCCACGUCCCGAAGUCAGCUCUUCAGUGUCAGAGACCUCCAGGCUCCCCAGCAAAUACCCCCGGGCCCCCAACGCCCCCGCACCCAGGUGGUGAAUCAAGUACAAGGAGUCAGGCGGACCCUUCCUGUCUGCGCAGUCCUGGGCACCCCCUGUGUCUGCCUCAGUUGUCUCAAAUGCAAAGUAGGAAUCAUCCCAGCACCUGCCAGCCCGUGGUUGUGAGGAGCCAGUGAGGCACAGAUAUGCCCCUCCUGCGCCUGGUCUCCCAGCUCUGCCAGCUCCGGCCCCGAUGCCCUCCUUGUGCCAGGUCCCUCAGCGUCAGUCCCUGCCAGAGGGCAAGACAAAGUAACUACUAUGAGCUCCUGGGGAUCUGUCCCGAUGCCAGCAUGAAGGAAGUCAAGCGCGCCUUUUUUGCCAAGUCCAAAGAGCUUCACCCCGACCGGGACCCCAAGAACCCUGCGCUCCACAACCAGUUCGUGGAGCUGAACGAAGCCUACCGGGUUCUGAGCAAGGAAUGCAGCCGGCGGGCCUAUGACAACCAGCUCUCCCUUCGAGGCUCCGCGCCACCUCCCGGCCCCGCCCCCCGGGGGGCCCGCCCCAGCUACCGCCCCCCCUCGGGCUCCAGCUCCUGGUCCUGGGCCGAGGCUGACGCCCGCUACUGGGGGCAGUUCCGCAGGGUGCGCCCGGAGGACUUCGUCGGCGCCCGGCAGAGGCAGCAGAAGCAGAACCACCGCGUGCUGGGCUACUGCCUCCUGCUGAUGCUGGGGGGCAUGGUCAUGCACUACGUCGCCUUCAGAAAGCUGGAGCAGGUGCACCGGAGCUUCAUGGACGAGAAGGACCGCGUUAUCAUGGCCAUCUACAAUGAGAGCAGGACCAGGGCCAGAGCGAACAGCGCCAGGCUCCAGCAGGAGAAACUGCAGAAGGCUCAGAGCCCCCAGCCGCGCCCCGAGAAGUGACCCGCGCCCCUUCUUCCCUCCGCCGUCCGAGGGGCCGCGCAGACUGACG